UAUCAGCAGCAGGGAUGGAAGAGGCAGAGCUGUUAUUCCUGACAAAGACAGGGAAGAGGAGGAAGAAAUGAAUAAUCAGGCAGGAGGCAAAGAGAAGCGGGUUAGCAGGAUAGCAUUAAAAUGUCACUGCUAGCCACAGUGGAGAAAAGAGGAUGUCUUCAUACUGUAAAGUCAUUGAAAAGGCAUAGAGAUGGAAGGAGCAGUGAGUGAUGAAGGAAAGACCCAUUCAGAGCUGGCAAGAGAGGAGGGGGACAGUGAGGAGCACAGACAGACCUGCCGUGUAAAAGUUCCAAAGUGCUGAUACAGUGAUUUGGUGCUAUUUAGCUGCUGUUCAUGGCAGGAGCAGCAGGAGGGAGUGCAGACUUGUGGGAGUCUCAGUGCCCCCUGUGUGGAGCUCUAGAGCUGGAUAUUGCGUGGGACUCUGAGCUGCAGAAUUAAUACCCAAAUAGAGAAGGAAAAAUCACCAGUAUUGGAGGAGAAUGUAUGAGAGGCACACGUUGAGCAUCAUUUCCACCCGGUAAAAUUGUUUUACCUGGAUCAACACGAGAAUAGAACGUUUACAUGGACAGAAGACUUGGCACCAUCUCUGGCUCAUGACAUGGACUGCUGAAGUCUGGAAGCCACCCCAUCUAUUUCUGAAGAUCCCACGGAGGCUCCUAAUGGAAGGGAGCCUUUAGCUGGAGGAGCACGCACAGCAGACACCAGUGAAUGGAUUCUGGAUAUAAUACUAUGUUCAGCUUGCUUGGAGUAUGUGUGGAGCCUCUUAACGCAGGGGAAGUUCUGGACUCCCCACCAACUGGGUAAUUGGUUCUUCUUAGACACUUCCUCAGAGAUCUGACUUCAGGUGACUGAUUCUCAUGCGAUUCAUCUUCUGUGAAAGACCAGAAUUACGUAUUCCUGUUCAAACAACACAAAGGACUAGACGGGAAAAGGAAAAACUUCAUAUGGACAUUUGUACAUACCAUCCACAAAUCCAGGUAUGGGCACAAGCAGAAUAAACCCCUACAGCAUUGUGUCUUCUGAUGAAGAAGGACUGAGACUGACCACCAUGCCAGGUGUCAAUGGAUUUGGUAAUGGCAAAAUUCACACUCGGAGAAAAUGUCGAAAUCGGUUUGUAAAGAAGAAUGGGCAGUGUAAUGUCCAGUUUGCCAAUAUGGAUGAAAAGUCCCAGCGAUAUCUAGCUGACAUGUUCACAACAUGUGUAGACAUUCGUUGGAGGUACAUGUUGCUCAUUUUCUCUAUGGCAUUCCUGGUUUCAUGGCUAUUCUUUGGAUUGAUUUUUUGGAUAAUUGCUUUGGUGCAUGGAGACUUGGAAAACCCCACAGGGAAUACAGAUUUCACACCAUGUGUAAUCCAAGUUAAUGGCUUCAUGGCAGCUUUCUUAUUUUCUAUUGAAACGCAAACAACUAUUGGAUAUGGUUUUCGUUGUGUGACAGAGGAAUGUCCAAUAGCAGUAUUUAUGGUGGUAUUUCAGUCAAUAGUGGGCUGUAUUAUAGACUCUUUCAUGAUUGGUGCUAUCAUGGCAAAAAUGGCUAGACCCAAGAAAAGAGCACAGACACUACUCUUCAGCCACAAUGCAGUUAUAGCCAUGAGGGAUGGGAAACUUAGCUUAAUGUGGAGAGUUGGCAAUCUUAGGAAGAGCCAUAUAGUUGAGGCACAUGUAAGAGCUCAGCUGAUAAAGCCUAGAAUCACAGAGGAAGGUGAAUAUAUACCUCUUGAUCAAAUAGAUAUAAAUGUUGGUUUCGAUAAGGGACUGGAUCGUAUUUUUUUGGUAUCUCCAAUCACAAUUCUUCACGAAAUUGAUGAGGAAAGCCCACUUUUUGGGAUUAGUAAACAAGACCUAGAAUCAUCUGACUUUGAAAUCGUAGUAAUCCUAGAGGGCAUGGUGGAAGCAACAGCAAUGACAACCCAGGCUCGGAGCUCCUACUUAGCUAAUGAAAUUCUGUGGGGUCAUCGUUUUGAGCCAGUUCUAUUCGAGGAAAGAAACCAGUACAAAGUGGACUACUCACAUUUUCACAAAACAUAUGAAGUUCCAUCAACUCCCCGUUGCAGUGCCAAAGAUCUGAUAGAAAAUAAAUUUAUACUUCCAGAUUCUAACUCGUUCUGCUAUGAGAAUGAGUUGGCUUUCAUGAACCAUGAUGAGGACGAUGAGGAUGAUGAUAGCAGAGUCAUAGAUGGCUUACGUUCAGACAGCACACAUGAAUUUGAUAGGAUUCAAGCCACAUUAACACUGGACCAGCAAUCAUAUAGAAGGGAAUCUGAAAUCUAAACUUGCAAUACCUAACUUAUUCAUCUUUAUUUUUCUAAAAUCCUCCUUAAUACCUAGAGAACACUGCAAGUGUUGACAGUACUAACAGUCUGUCUGCAAUAAUUGAAGGACCUAUAAAUGUCCUGAGAGAACUGUAGUCAUAAUGACGAUUUUAGCCAGCCUGGUUGCUCUGGUUACUGAAAUUACAGGGGUUGACUCAUUAAUUCUAAGUUUAUAUUAUGGCAAAAGGAGAAUACUUACCCUUUAACAGAAAAAGCACAACAUUAAA